UUUGCGUGGGACCACCACCCAACUUCUCUUAAGCCUGUAUAUCGACUUACUUGAUGGCGAGUGACUCAUCUUUUAACCAUGUCUUUUGGCGAGGCUCUCUUUCUGCGUUCUUUUGGAAGUGUUCCCAGAACUGUAGACUGGCGCUUCCAUUCCACUUCUCCCUGGCGGCAUCUUCGAAUCUCGCCCGUAUGCGGCUCUCGUUUAACGCUAUCGUUCAAGACAGAGAAGAUUGGCGGUGGUGGGGCUUUCGCCGCUGGUGAUGUCCGCCAAAUGUUGCAGGAAUUUGAUCCGACCAUCUCGCUUUCAGAAGCCAUAACACCGCCCAGCUCCUGGUACACUGAUCCUUCAUUUCUUGCCCUCGAGUUUGAGCGCGUAUUCUUCCGAGGAUGGCAAGUCGCAGGUUUCGUUGAACAGGUCAAGAGUCCUAAUGACUUUUUCACUGGAAGAUUGGGGAAUGUGGAAUUUGUGGUCUGUCGGGAUGCAAGUGGAGAACUUCGUGCUUUUCACAAUGUAUGUCGUCACCAUGCUUCAGUUCUUGCAUCUGGGAGUGGGCAAAGGUCCUGUUUUGAGUGCCCUUAUCAUGGAUGGACCUAUGGGUUAGAUGGACUGCUUUUGAGGGCCACUCGUAUUACAGGAAUCAAGAACUUCAAUAAAAAUAAUUUUGGCCUGUUGCCAUUAAAUGUGGCUUCUUGGGGACCAUUUGUGCUCAUCAAUGUGGACAAAAACAUGCCUAUAAAACAAAAACAUUCGCGCUAUGAAGUGGGUAAUGAUUGGCUUGGAAGUGCUUCGAAGAUUUUGAGUGCCAAUGGGAUUGACACGUCCCUUGAAUACAUUUGUAGACGGAAAUACACUAUUGAAUGCAAUUGGAAGGUCUUCUGUGACAACUACUUAGAUGGGGGCUAUCAUGUAGUAUAUGCACAUGGAGGUCUUGCAUCUGGCCUUAAGCUCGACUCCUACAAUACUAGUAUUUAUGAGAAUGUCAGCAUUCAAAGCUGUGAAACUGCUGCAGCAAAAGGCAAUGACAUUGACAGACUUGGGUCAAAAGCAUUUUAUGUGUUUGUAUACCCAAACUUUAUGAUCAAUAGGUAUGGUCCGUGGAUGGACACAAAUUUAGCUUUCCCUCUGGGACCAAAUAAAUGUCAAGUGAUAUUUGACUACUUUCUUGAUCCUUCUAUGAUGAAUGAUGAAGAGUUUAUUGAAAGUAGUUUAAAGGAGAGUGAAAUAGUUCAGAUGGAAGACAUUACCCUGUGUGAAGGAGUACAGAAGGGAUUGGAAUCACCUGCUUAUUGUAGUGGGAGUUCGUAUAAUCUCUUGCUUUUCGACGCUCCCUUCGUUCGAAAUUCGUUCCCUGGCAUGAGCCAUGCCCGUCGAAAAUAA